CCGCCGCUGUUCACGUUCCGCGAGGACCUCGCGCUCGGCACCCAGCUGGCCGGGGUCCAUCGGCUGCUGAGGGCGCCGCACAAGCUGGACGACUGUACUCUGCAGCUGUCCCACAAUGGAACCUACCUGGAUCUGGAGGCCACACUGGCAGAGCAGCGGGAUGAGUUGGAAGGCUUCCAGGAUGACGCUGGGAGGGGCAAGAAACACAGCAUCAUCUUGAGGACGCAGCUGUCUGUGAGGGUCCAUGCCUGCAUCGAAAAACUGUACAACUCCUCUGGACGAGAUUUAAGAAGGGCCCUUUUCUCCCUGAAGCAGAUAUUUCAGGAUGACAAGGAUUUGGUGCAUGAAUUUGUCGUGGCUGAAGGCCUGACGUGUUUGAUCAAGGUGGGAGCGGAGGCCGAUCAGAACUAUCAGAACUACAUCCUGAGGGCUUUGGGCCAGAUUAUGUUGUACGUGGAUGGGAUGAACGGAGUAAUAAACCACAAUGAAACCAUUCAGUGGCUAUACACUCUUGUCGGCUCAAAGUUCCGCCUGGUGGUGAAGACGGCCCUGAAGCUGCUGCUGGUCUUUGUGGAGUACUCGGAGUCCAAUGCACCUCAUCUCAUUCAGGCUGUCUGUGCUGUUGACACCAAAAGAGGCAUUAAGCCCUGGUCAAAUAUCAUGGAAAUCCUGGAAGAAAAAGAUGGCGUUGACACGGAGCUGCUGGUUUAUGCAAUGACUUUGGUGAACAAGACGUUGUCAGGAUUGCCAGACCAAGACUCCUUCUACGACGUGGUGGAUUGUCUGGAGGAGCUGGGUAUUGCUGCUGUGUCCCAGAGGCACCUGAACAAGAAGGGAACUGACCUGGACUUAGUGGAGCAAUUUAACAUUUACGAGGUGGCGCUCAAGCACGAAGAUGGUGAAGAGAUAGCAGAGCCACCCCCCAGUGGGCUCCGGGACCGCAGGAGGGCCAGCGUGUGUUCUGGUGGCAGUGGGGGUGAGCACCAGAGCAUUGACCGCAGGAGGAGCCGCAGGCACUCAGUACAGACCCUCAAGAGUCCGCUGUCGGGUCCUACCAGUCCCUGCUCCCUGUCAGCUGCUGCCUUCAAGCCGAACCAAAUACGAGACCUCUGUGAAAAAGAUACCAGUCCUGCCUUAGAGCAGGGCACCACUGAGAAGGGUACUGCUCCCCAGAGUUCGGCGCUCCCAGACACCUCAAGUGACACCUUACAGGAAAAACGGAUCCCAACCAGCACAGCAGCAGGGAAUCUCCUGCACAGAGCAUCCUCUGGGCCUGAGGCCACCCAGCCUGCCCUCCUGCCAUCCCCCAAUCCUGCCUCAGCUUCUCGGCCUCCCUCCACCACACUGAAGGCGUCGCCAACCACAGACAAGCUGCCCUACGUGCCCCACAGCCCCUUCCACCUCUUCUCCUAUGACUUUGAGGAUUCUCCCUUAGCCACCAAGGAGAAGGAAGCAGAACCACAGAAGGAGAACAGCAGUUCCCCUGACUCCUCUUCUUGGAACACACACUCUGCUUCGGAGCCUUACAACUUCCGGUCUUUCUCUUCUAAUAGGUCAUCACUGAGUGGUCUUCUCACAUCAUCCUUUAGGCAGCACCAAGAGUCACUGGCGGCAGAGAGAGAGAGGCGGCGACAGGAGAGAGAAGAAAGGUUGCAGAGAAUAGAACGGGAAGAGAGAAACAAAUUCAACCGAGAGUAUUUAGACAAAAGAGAAGAGCAAAGACAAGCAAGAGAAGGAAGAUACAAAUACUUGGAACAGUUGGCAGCUGAGGCACACGAGAAGGAGCUGAGAAGCCGGAGUGCAAGCCACGGCAGAACUGACCUCUCCUUGGACCUGACCUCGCCGGCAGCCCCUGCUUUGCCUGCCCCUCUGAGCCAGAACUCUUCAUCCUUAAACUCGAAAGAGGCUCUCCAUGUGUUACCCUCCUCCCUAGGAACACCUCUGCAUCCCCAAGUGAGUGCUGGGGAUCCUGAGCCUGAAUUGGAGGCAGAGGCAAGGCAAGUUGCCAAUGAAGCCAGCCAGGACAUAGCCUCUUCCCAAGGGGAAGCGGAGAGUGAAGGGGAGCGGGCCCUGGAGCAAGAACCCGAAGAGCGAGCCUCCCUCAGUGAAAAAGAGAGGCAGAACGAGGAGGUGAACGAGAGGGACAACUGCUCCGCCUCCAGCAUCUCGUCCUCCAGCAGCACCUUGGAAAGGGAAGAGAAGGAGGACAAGCUCUCCAGGGACAGGGCAACUGGUGUGUGGUCCACAGGCAUUCAGGAUGGAGGUGUAAAUGGACAGUGUGGCGAUAUCCUCACCAACAAACGGUUCAUGCUGGACAUGCUGUAUGCCCAUAACAGAAAGUCCACGGAUGACGAGGAGAAGGACGAGAGGGAGACCAGGAGCAAGGAGCCGGAGGCGGAGGCGGUGGCCAGCCUCGCCUCCAGGAUAUCCACCCUGCAGGCCAACUCUCAGGCCCAGGACGAGAGCGUCAGGAGGGUGGACGUCGACUGUUUGGACAACCGGGGAAGCGUGAAAGCCUUUGCUGAGAAAUUCAACAGCGGGGACCUGGGGCGAGGCCCCAUCUCUGAGGAUGGGUCCAAUGACAAGGUCCCCGAGACAGCGCCUGCGCAGCUGAAAACGGAGUCCGAUUACAUCUGGGACCAGCUCAUGGCCAACCCCCGGGAGCUCAAAAUCCAAGACAUGGAUUUCACCGAUCUGGGAGAGGAGGACGACAUUGAUGUCCUGGACGUGGACCUGGGUCACAGGGAAGCCCCAGGACCACCACCUCCACCCCCGCCCACCUUCCUGGGUCUGCCACCCCCGCCCCCACCGCCCCUGUUGGACAGCGUCCCACCCCCUCCAGUCCCUGGUAAUUUAUUGGCUCCUCCUCCUCCAGUGUUUAACUCUCCUCAGGGCUUAGGGUGGUCCCAGGUACCCAGGGGUCAGCCCGCUUUCACCAAGAAAAAGAAGACCAUCCGUCUGUUCUGGAAUGAAGUCAGGCCUUUUGAUUGGCCAUGUAAGAACAACCGCCGCUGCAGAGAAUUCCUAUGGUCGAAACUGGAACCCAUUAAGGUGGACACUUCCAAACUGGAGCACCUGUUUGAGUCUAAAUCCAAGGAACUGUCUGUCACAAAGAAAACUGCUGCAGAUGGAAAAAGGCAGGAGAUCAUCGUUCUAGAUUCCAAGAGGAGCAAUGCCAUCAAUAUUGGUCUUACGGUCCUGCCCCCUCCGAGAACGAUUAAGAUAGCCAUUUUGAAUUUUGAUGAAUAUGCCUUAAACAAAGAAGGAAUUGAGAAAAUUCUAACCAUGAUUCCAACUGAAGAGGAAAAGCAGAAAAUCCAGGAAGCUCAGCUGGCCAAUCCUGAAAUGCCCUUGGGCAGUGCGGAGCAGUUCCUCCUCACGCUGUCCUCCAUCAGUGAGCUUUCUGCCCGGCUCCACCUCUGGGCGUUCAAAAUGGAUUAUGAAACCACAGAAAAGGAAGUGGCAGAACCACUUUUGGACCUGAAGGAAGGAAUAGACCAGUUGGAGAACAAUAAAACCUUGGGCUUUAUCCUGUCUACUCUCCUCGCUAUUGGGAACUUUCUAAAUGGAACUAAUGCCAAAGCGUUUGAGUUAAGCUACCUCGAGAAGGUUCCAGAAGUAAAAGACACAGUGCACAAGCAGUCGCUUCUCCACCACGUGUGCACCAUGGUGGUGGAAAACUUCCCAGACAGCUCCGAUCUGUAUUCAGAGAUUGGGGCCAUCACCAGGUCAGCCAAGGUUGACUUUGAUCAACUUCAGGAUAAUUUAUGUCAGAUGGAGAGAAGAUGCAAAGCUUCAUGGGAUCACCUCAAGGCAAUUGCAAAACAUGAAAUGAAACCAGUUUUAAAACAGCGAAUGUCAGAGUUUCUAAAAGACUGUGCAGAGCGAAUUAUAAUUUUAAAGAUUGUCCACAGAAGGAUAAUUAACAGAUUCCACUCCUUUUUGCUCUUUAUGGGCCAUCCACCUUAUGCAAUUCGGGAAGUGAACAUAAACAAGUUCUGCAGGAUCAUUAGUGAAUUUGCACUAGAGUAUCGCACCACCAGGGAGAGGGUUUUGCAGCAGAAACAGAAACGGGCCAACCACAGAGAGAGAAAUAAGACCAGAGGGAAGAUGAUCACUGAUACUGAUGACGAGGAUGAAGUUGAGACUGGCAAGCUCUCUGGCAGUUGCCCAGUACCACCCAGCCAGCCGCAGGGUCUGAGCUAUGCCGAGGAUGCAGCUGAACAUGAGAACAUGAAGGCUGUGCUGAAAACCACCUCUCCUGCCAUGGAGGAUGCCACCCCUGUGCUGGGCAUCCGCACACGCAGCCGGGCAAGCCGAGGAUCCACUAAUUCAUGGGCUAUGGGAACUGAUGACUCACCUACCAUCACAGACGAUGCUGCAGAUGAGAUCAUGGACCGCAUUGUCAAGUCGGCCACCCAAGUGCCCAGUCAGCGAGUGGUGCCAAGGGAGAGGAAGCGAUCUCGGGCCAACCGCAAAUCUCUGCGAAGGACCCUGAAGAGUGGCCUGACUCCAGAAGAAGCCAGAGCCCUGGGCCUGGUUGGCACCUCCGAGCUGCAGCUGUGACGUUCUUGGGGCACCCUCUGAGCAGAGAGAGGACCAGCUCCUGCUGUGCAGAACCCCUCUGGUGGGGAAGCAGGGGAGACUAGGUGUCACCACUUGGCUUCAGUUGCCUGUUGUGUAUUGACGUGGAUUUCCAGGAAUCUCCUGCACGAACUUUCCUCCUCAUGUCAGCCAUGUUUCUCUUGUUUCCUGAACACUUGGUUUAUUAGUUCCAAAGCGUGACACCUUUUCUGGGCAAGCAGCAGCCCUUUUAAGGAACAAAUCACUCCUGUCACAGUUGUUAUGGUAAUAUGAGGCAAUCUGAUUAGAUUCACAGACUGGAUCUCCACAACACCAAAAUAUCCAGAUGUUAAACUCCAACCUUGAACACAAAAGAAAGCACAGAUUGUUUACCAGUUGUGGAUUUUAGAUGUACUAAAUGUUUAUACAAAUUCAUAAAUGUACACCAUGUUUCAAAUACUAAAUAAAUAGAGUUUAAUGCCAAAA